GAGUUCUUGCUCCUUCCCUUCCUCUUCUGCCACCUUGCCAUUCAGUAGAACCCAAAACGGGUUCUGCAACCUAGAUGCAUAACCCAGAUAGAAGUGACGAAAAGAAGGAAGAAGAGGGGGAGGAGAGGGAAAGAAAAUCAAAGAACCAGGGCUGGGUGAAAAGGAAAGUUGUAUUGGGUGAAAAGAAGAGCUGUUGGGUUAACGAAAGAAAUGGAGAUAAAUGGAGAGAAACGGAGACGAAGUAUGGUAUACUGAACCUUGAUAAACCAGCUAACCCAUCUUCGCACGAGGUUGUUGCCUGGAUCAAGCGCAUUUUUUGCGUCGAGAAGACUGGCCACGGUGGGAAAGAGUAUUUUUGUGUCACCCGGUUGCAUUCCAAGGUUCCUGACGUUGCCAAGGUGGCUCGUGCUCUUGAGACAUUAACUGGCGCUGUGUUUCAGAGGCCGCCAUUGAUAUCUGCGGUCAAGAGGCAACUUAGGAUCAGGACCAUUUACGAAAGUAAGUUGCUUGAGUAUGAUGUGGAUAGACAUUUGGUUGUUUUCUGGAUUUCUUGUGAGGCGAGUACUUAAGUUAGGACUCUCUGUACAUUUGGGGUUGGUGGGCAUGUUAGAAAAAUAUGAAAUGGUAGAAGAAUAAAAGAAUUGUUUUGAA